CGCUCGUUCCAUUCCCCAGCCUGGCUCGCACCUUUCGGAGCAGACGAUGCAUGAAGACAAAGAAAAGAUGGCUUCUUUUGUUCGAUUGAAUGAGAAAAUCAUGCUCAACAUCGUAACUCACACAGCGUGAAGUAAACUAGAGAUCAAAGAGGAACAAAUAGCAAAGGAUUUGACCCAAACAUUACGCGACAAGAGAGCAAAUAUAUUGUCGCUCAUUCCGCAUGAUGUCAGAUCGCCAUGACAAUAAGGCGAAGUCACUAUUUAGCGACUCUUUACCAAAAAGCCUGGACUCAAAUGAUGAGAUAAGCACCUGGUUCAGUGAUGUUGACACAAUGUGUGAAGCAAGCUCGACAACACUAAGUGGCAGUGGCUUUGAGUUCCCAGAGUGUAAGAUGUCAACAGCUGAUAUCACAAGUGUUGAUGAUGUUGGAUAUGUUGAUAAAGAUAAUGAUAGCGACAAUGGCGAUAUUGACCAAGUUCUACCAAGCAGUUUUCCAGAAAAGCUCAGCAAAAAUGAUGACAAACAGAAAACGGAUAAAGUCAAGGAAAGCUUGGCCCUAGGAGUGCUCUCUUGUGAUUCAACUCUCUCCCCAUUGAACCCAGAACAAGCUGUUGAACCAGGCAUAGCUAACAAUCAGAAAUAUGCCAUAGCAACUUAUAACCUAGACGGCCGAUUGAUAGUAACUCUUCCUGAUAUCUACAAGGUAUUGCGAGAGAGUUGUGGCACCUGCUCGGCUCUACGGGGCUUGAUCAACAAGUUGGCAAUAGUGACAUCUAGAUUUCAGCCACUGCACAUGACCCGGAUGAAGCACUUGGGAGCUGUGAGCCUUGAGGCCAAGUGCUGCUCAUUCAUGUCUGUUGCCGAUUUCAAGCGUAUUCUUGAAAAAUACAAAGAAGAAAACUUGAUAUCAAAUCCUGAAAGUAUAGUAUUUCUCCCUCAUGUAAAUGUUAAUGUGCCUUCAGUGUCUGUGGGAUCUCUUGGAGAAGAUAAGUUUCUUGACGAUGCACUGCCUCUUCCUAACUCCUCCCCAGUUGCUAUGGCAACAGAUGACUUACACACAUUUACUAUCAAGGAUCAAGUUGUUGUCUGCACAGUUGAACUUCAGAAGAUAUUUGAAGCCCUGUUUGGACAAUCGGUUUCUAUGUCAUUAGUAAAACUAGGUGUUAUCCAAAAAAAGUUCACUCCCUUGCAGCUGGACCAGGUGAUGGACUUCGUUGAUGUUGAUGAGUCGGAUGUUCAAAGUGCCUCCUUUUACAUCUCUAAGAAGGAUGCAGAGAGGGUUUUUCAGUAUGCUGAGGCACUAGCUGGGGUGGAGAUUAUGGUGCGAUGGAUGGAGCCACUGAAGCUUUCAGAAGAUAACUCACUACAUGAAUUUCACCAGCAGAUAAUGGAAAGGGCUACAACACUUGAGAGAACAACAAAUAGUGAAGAGAAACAUAAAAUAAAUGUGCCAGUUGAUGAUGAUGAUGACGAUGAUGAUGUCUUUGGCAGGUCAGACAAGGAUGAUGACAAUGAUGGGGAUGGGGAUGGUGAUUGUGAUGUGGAUGGCAUUGAAGAAAGUGAAGUAGAACCUGGUUCAACUUCCUCAAUAACAGGGUCCUCUAAAUAUCCUCCAGUCUCACCUAAUCCUGCAAAACCUAGCAAUAUUUUGUUUGAAGGACCUUCAUCUUCAACUGUCUUUAAGUCUCUAUCACCUACUGAUCAAAUGUCUAAUUCUCCCAGCCAGAGCAGCCCGGGAUCUAGUGUGAGCGACUUAUCGUGCUCCUCAGACCCUAAUGUAAUUCGCACAUAUGUUAUAGAGGGACAGGAAGUUGUGUGUAUUCCUGAUAUCCAUAAAAUAGUCAUACACCUGUACGGACAAAGUGUGCAGGUUGGCUACUAUCUUCAGAGACUGCAGAUCUUCACUCAAAGGUUCUCAACCAUGCAGGUGAAAAGGCUUAAGGCUCUCAAUGCGCUCAACUCCAAGGCAACACUCUGCACCUACAUUACCAAGUCUGAUGCCAUCAGACUCCUUAAGAUGUACGACGUGUUUAACACUGAUAGUAGGCUUCAGCUCAUUCAGUGGGCGGACGCUGUGGGACUGGAGGGGUAUGAGAGCAACGCCCUACCUUCUAGGGAGGAGGCAGUCGCCCCGCCUGACCCUGCCACACCCCCUCAGGAGGAGAACAUCGAACCGGUGAAAAUCUCCACCUUUUUGAUCAAUGGUGAGGUUGUGGUAUCUGUUCCCGACGCACACAAGGUGGUACAAGUCCUGAAUGGACAGAGCGUCCAAGUCCGCUACAACAUGGAUAAACUCGGCAUUGUCAAGCGCAAGUACUCCUAUUCCCAAGUCUACCAGCUGCGUGCAAUAAGCGACCUGAAGAGGCCGAGUAUGUGUACAUUUAUAACCAAGGCGGACGCCGAUAAACUCCUUAUGCAUUACCUCACACCGGAGAACGCGUCAAGACUCGGGUACAUUGAGUGGCUUCCGCCUCUGAAGCUGAACGACCUGAAUGUCCCUGAACCAAGCACAGGGAACCCACACGAGGAUCAGCUCAAAAGCGACGGAGGAGCAAAAUGCGCGGAGAAUAUAUCAUCUGAUCAGCAGGAGUCAAUGGCUUUGCAUACAAAGCCGAAAAGUUUGAGCUCUAGUGAUUUACCAACCAUGGUGGUAACACAUUCUGCAACGCGUGACAGCGUGACGGUCUCAACGCCAAUCCUUGCGAAUGUAUCAAAAGUUGGUACCGGGACCCACAACAAACCAAAGUCGUGUGAGACUGGGGAGAGCAUGACGGCAAUGUCCCCUGGGAUACAUAUGCCUAUGGAUACGAGGAGGGUGAACAGCUCGUCGCAUGGUUCCCAGAUCACCCCGACCCUAAUUACACAGGGUUGCCGAAAUAUUGGCACCGAAGAUCAAGAUUCACCCCGAGGACAAAAAAGAGCAAGCGAUGACGACUUGGCGGACCCGGAGAGGAAACGGCUUAAAGCCGAGAAAGACGAGAUUGCAGCAACGUUGCAGCGAAAGGAGACGGAGAUGAAAAUACUACACGAUGCGUACCAGCAGCAAGUGGCGCAUGAGCGACAGGAACGACGCAAAGUAGAACAAGAAUCCGCCGAGCUCAGAGCUUCAAAUGAAGAACUUUUGAAGAAUCUUCAGAGAAAAGAAUCUGAAAUGAAAAUAUUACACGAUUCAUACCAGUAUCAAAUACGCAAAGAGAGGGAGACGCGCGAGGCGCUCGAGAGCGAGAUCACUGAACUCAAAGGCUCUGCAGCGUUCGCGAGUGGAGUGUGUUACACCUCGAACAUUAAGCAGGAAAAACCUUAAAGGCAAAUGGAUUAUUAGAUAUGCAUACUCUUAUGAUGAAGAACAUCCAACAGGAAAUGAUCGCCUACCGAGGGCUAUCAGUAAAGGGACGUAGUGUAAUUGUUGAUUAGUGUUCGUUGAAUAUCACGAGAAGGAUGUUACUGUUACUGUUACUAUUCAUCUCAACACUUCCUUCAGACCCAGCUUUCGAAUACUUAAAAAGUUGUGAGAACUAGCUAUGGCGGACAGAAGGGGGAAAACAUUAAGAUUCAGAGAGAGAUAUUUAGGAUCUCAGAUCUUGAGAAGAUAGAAGAUGAUCACUGCCGAUUAUAGCUGUUCCGCAGUGGGGGUGAAGAGGGACUCAUUUUCAGAGAGACUUCGUAGCCUUAUAAUAAUAGCGUGGGAGACUAUAGGAGAAUUUUUAGAAGGUGUUGUUGUUUUCAGGCGUUUCAGUAACGAAUCUGGGAGAAAGGUGGGGGAGAGUAAGAAUAAAAGAAUCGAUUUUUUUCGAUUAAGACUGUAUAUUAUAAAUUAAGAAUAUUUUAUAUAUAUUCAAAGAAAACAUUGAUGUAUUUUACUUCUUUCUGAUAAAAACUAUUUUAAACAACUAUGUAAAACAUAAUAUAUACAUCUCGUAAUAAUAAAGAUGGUUUAAUGCUA